GCCAUGUCCAUUCACCUCCGCACUCUCUAUCUUUCCACCUUUUCUAAACCCUAGAUUAAAACCCAUGCUCUCCCUCCCCUUUCGCGCUCCAAUUCUCGAAAAUCCGUGGCUAGAUUCCUCGCGGAACUCGUCUCGCCGGCUCCAUCGGUGAGAAAUCUCUCUCCCCUCGGUCUCAUCUCGUUUCGCCGUGGAGUAGAGGGCGAUGAGCUGCCCGAAAGAAAAGUGACUACUUUUUAUCCUAUAUCUCGCUCGAUUGGAGGGCAUGCUUAGUAGUGGUAGUAUUAUGCUGGUUUUGCCGGAUGGAAGUAAUUUUUGUAGAGGAGAGCAAUUAUAGAAGGGAGCACAUUCUUAUUUCCCAGUCUAGCCCUUCACUAAUAGAACCAAGACUCAUUGAGCAUGCUGAAGUUGAUGGUGUUCAAGGGACAGAAACUUGUGACCACUUUUCCAUUCGCGGAUACGUUGCUGAGAUUCGUAAGACAGAUCCAAAGAUAUGUUGGCCAUUCUCUAUGUUUCAUGACCAAACAUCAGAUAAACAUAUCAGCCUCCUUCCUCCUCUACCUGUGACUAAAUUUAAAUGUUGGGAUUGCCAAAACUGUCUGCGUAAAGCUAAUAAUUCUGCCACAACAAGAGCAACUGAAGCUCCUUCUAAUAUUCAGAAUAUUGAAGCAAACAAUGGCACUUAUAUUCUCGGAAACACCUUCAUAUCCUUUCAUGCCAAUGAUAAAGAGUUGCUUCCUGGCUUUCAUCAACUAUCUGAAGAGAAAAUUGUAGAUGAUAGACUAAUUGAAGCAGGUAGUUCUGUUAAUAUGACUAAUGAUGAAUGUCGCCCAUCAGCAAAUUGUGGCAAGAAUACAAACAACUAUGUAAUUACAGGUGCAGACACAGAAGGUUUGCAAGCAGCCAAAGCUAGCCACGGUAGCCGUCAAGGGAUCCAGAAUCUAUCAAGCAACAAGCCUACAUAUAUUGUGACAAAAGGUGAAGCAUGCCACAUGGGAGGAAGAGGAGAACGAAAUGUGAUAUCGACAGAAAAGUUUUUUGAGGUUUUGUAUUGCAAGGACAUGGUAAAUGCUAAAUCAAAGAAGACUGAAGUAGUCAAUGGAAGUACCGAUUUCAGGAUGGUUGCUGGCCCUUCUUUUAUUGAUAAUAUAUCAUGUGGGGAGAAAGAUGAACAGUUGGUUAAGGAAAUGGGCAGGACAAAAGAACUAUGUAAGAAAGCAGCCAGAGAAACUGAAGUGCCACUGGGAAACAAUAUUGGUAUUUCAGAAGUUGAUUCUCAAACUGCUGUUGCAGCUUAUGUCUCUGACCUGGACUCCAAGGGGUUAGAGGAAAGUGACAAUGAAACAUCUGACAAUAAUGUGGCUUUGCCUCAAGUUACUGUCCAAAGUCAAAAUGGUGCCAAGCAAGUGGUCACAUCUGAUGGAAACCUGCAACCGAAAAAGGCUAGGAAGGUGCGUCUAUUAGAUGACAUCAUGAGAAGUGAGGAGUUGCACUCAUCUGGUAAGGUUCAUAUCUCUGAUGGUAAUGAAGAGGCCAAUCAAAUUGAGGACAGAAUUGAUAGAAGGCCACAUUUAUCGAGAAGGAAAGAUCAACAUUUUGGUCCUAAAAUUCAUCAUACUUCCCGAGAAACCAAAGUGAAGUCUUUGAAGGGUAAGAGGAGAUAUAUAGAUCUUGAAAAUGUAGAUGAUGGAUCUUCUCUAAUGCAUUGGCUAGAGAAAGCACGGGAGAAAGUAAAGACAAACAACAGAUAUAGAGAAAUCAAGCACAUUGAUGCUGCAACAGAUGCAUCAGCUGAAAAUAAUUUAGUGCAUAGCCUCGAAGUCUCUGGGGCGAAAGAACAUAAGCAAAAUGCUAUUGCAUGUAUGACGCUAAAUGCAAUGCAUCAGAGCUACCUCUUGCCCCGACAAGAAAUUAAGACUAACAAGGACAUUGUUAUUGUUGAUGGUAAAGCAACCAAACGAAUGAAUGCCAAAACAAUUCACUCCAAAUCAACAAGAACAAUAAAAUCCAGGAGGUGCUUGCUUCAUGGUCUAAAAACUCAUGGCAGCACUAAUGAAAAGGUUACCUUGAGAAAGAAGAAAAAGACGGAACAUCAAACUGAAAAUGAAGAAUCUUCCCAGAUGCACUUCCCAAAGGGCCAGAAAAAUGUUGCAGAUGAGCGGGAAACCACACAGACAUGUGAGCUGGGAGCUUUGGAUGACAUCCCAAUGGACAUUGUUGAACUCUUGGCCAAAAAUCAACAUGAAAGACGGCAGAUGAAUGCUGAGGUUGCUACGGUUAGCGCACAUAAUCUAUUGGAAAGGACUGAAGUCAUGGAGGAUAAUCAUGUUUUGAAAGUCACUGAAGGCCAUGGAGACAAGGUACUGGAUGCAGUGCAUAGGAACCUUUGCCAGCAAAAAUAUCUGUGGAAUAAGACAGGAAAUAGUGUUUGGACUGCUCUAAGAAGUGACAAGAAUGCUGAUGAAAGCAUGGAAGAUGACUAUGCUGCCAGCCAUGGGAGACAAAACGAUCACAUAAAUCUAAAUCAAGAAGAGCUUACCAGUGCCACUACAGGUUCCCUAACACCUUUGAAAUGUAGAGGUCAUGCUAGUCUUUCUGUGACUGAUACAAAGAAAAAUUACCAUUCACAGGAUCACAGCUGGAGCAAAAUGGGGUCGCAGACAUUAGAAUCAUGUCAUAAAGGUCAGGAAAUUUUAGGUCAGAAUACAUUCAGAAAUGCCCAGGGGGAGUUGCCAGUGCUAUUAAAAGGAACCACCUUUGGAAGAAAUACUCAAAAGGUCAAUGCUGGUUUGAAUCAUAUGAAAAUGUUCGGCCAUAAUACCUUACUUCAAAAAAACCCAAAGACAGUUCCACUCAACAUUGAUUGUUUGAAAAAGGUGGACCAGGCUAAAAUUCACCUCCAAAAUAGGAAAGAGAGUGAUUCAGCAGUGACAUCUUUUGCAGAGGCAGGAAAUACACAUCAUUUAGAAAUGGUGAGGCCGCACGAUCUAUAUACAGAUGAAAACAUACCAGCAUUGUAUUUGCUCAGGCUGAUGGAUUCAGCGAAAUGGUCAAGUGUCUCUCUUCAAGAUCUGCCACAUGCAAACCAUAAAGGAUCUCAUCGGGAGCCUUAUCUUUGUUCCACAGAUCAAUGUAAAUUGAUUGACUCACAACCUAGACUUAAAAGUAGUCAGGCCGCAAAGCCUCCAUUGUCAGUUCAACACCCUCAUCAAGUUCAGCAUCAAGAAAUUUCUUGCAAACCUUACUGUCCAUUUCCAAGAGUUGGUGGUUUUGGGUCUUUGUUGCAGAGGGAAAUCACAAGCCCUUCAGACAAUUCUGGAACUCAGUCUGGUUUCAGAAUUGGAUAUUCCAGCAAAAUGACAUCUUUUGAAGCUAAUAGAAAGGAUUCUUCUGAACUUUCAUACAUAGAAAAUCAGGCUAGAGUUCCAAAUACCCAGAGCCCUGUUUCUAGAGAUGAGAAUUCUAAACACCCCUUUUCUGCUGUAAACUCUAAUGUGCAUCCUGGAUGUUCUUCUGCAAGGAAUGACGUAAUUGAUGUAGAGAUGAGCAGUAAGAGAGCAGCAUUUCAGCCCCUGAAUAACCAUUGUGCAAAGGAAAUAUGCGCUAUUAACAGAAAUCCUGCCGACUUCACCAUUUUAGAUGAGGCCAAUGAAUAUAUGAUAGAGAGUGAUAAUAUAUGUCCUAGACAUACAACCCCCACUAAGAAACCACAAUGUGCAUUUCAUCCUGAUGGACAGAAAAUGCAUAAAGUGAGGAGAUUUACUGCUUUAAAUGGGUUAAUGAGAAGCUGAUUUUGUUUUCGGGCAGAUCUCGAUGUCAAGUAUUCUUCUAUCUACUGGAACCCCUUAAAAGAUUUUCUGAAGUACUAGAGGCUUGAUGCUGUAAGUGCAGAAACGAACACGGCCAGGAGAGCGAUAAUUUAUCAUGUGCUUUGACCUCAAAUAAAGUUCUCAGCUAUCACUGCUGUGGCUGCCCAAUGACCUCUCUCUUGGUUAAUGUGCAAAAAUAAUAAAACUGGGUGCCAAUAAUCGAUCUCAAACAGGAAACAGUCAACUCUUGUGAUCAUAAAUUGGCUAAGUAGGGAUCAUAAACAUGGAUCCGGCUGUCUGCUGCUGCUGUUUGUAAUAUAUUGGCUCAAAGCAUUUCAAGUGUGAUCAUGACUUUUUCAUGGCUAUAUGUAUAUAAAACAAUGCAAUGUGAUUUAGCCCUGUAAGUUAGACUGUCUGUUCUAAGUGCCGCAUCAAUGUAGGAUAAAUUUAUCAAUCCAAAUGCUCUGUUCUUUUUAUCA